AUGGACAGGAAGUUCAUGGCGAGUGGAGUAUUUCAGUUCCUGGACGAGGUGUGCGAGCAGCGAGGGCCCUUGUUUAGAUAUGGAAAUCUUGUAGGUAAGGGAGAACUAGCUUUCAACGAAGCAUUGAUAGAAAAUGAGGCUGACGUUCGUAAUGCCCUCAAUAAGGUUAGGAAGGGAGACCAUUCGCGGAGCAGUCUGAUGGAUUGGUAA